UGCCGCAUUCGAUGCGGAAAAGUGGGCGAACUUACAUCAACCGCCAUUAAUACGCGAAACGCGCGAAUAUACAAUGAGUGGCGCACAGUGAAAAUAAAAGUGACAAAUCGCGGAUUUUGGUGUUUACUAGAUUUUUUACGGGUGGCCGAGCCUCUGGUAUUUCCAAAAUAUAAACUUUAUUAGCGAGUGCAGCGUUCGUCAGAGCUGUAAACAGUAGCCGUGACGCACUGCAGCGGCUUCUAUGCAAUUUGUUUACUCAACGCUUUUCCACUUUGUCGUCACUGCACGUUGCACCGAAUACCUUUUGGGCGGGAAGUGAGCUUAUGUAAGUAACUGCAGUUGCACUCGUGAAAUUGCACCAGCCAUAAACAUUCGUUGUACGAUAGCUUCUAUCGCGGCGGCCAGCGGAACACAUAGUACAAAUCUACUCAUUAAGAAAGUAUUUGUUAUUGCAUUUUACCGCGAACAAUCACUCCGACGCUCAUAGUACUUUCCUGUGCUUCUGGUAAACAAGAUACAACGAUCCGCGGUUGCGAGAGUUAAUCAUCGAUUGUGAAGUGAAUGCAAGGAUAUGCUGACAUGAAACCUACCAAGCUGCUCGCAGUAUCCAUAUUAGUUCUAAGUGUACUCACUGCAUUUACCGGACACUGUCUACCUGAAAUCGCCGAGAAACAUGACACAAACGAGAGCGAGCUGUACAACUUCCGAUGCUUCAAUGAGAAUGAUCCAGUUCGAUAUUACAACUUUAUGGGAACAUCAAAUGACAUUGUUGGCAUUCAAGUAUCAAAAAGACCUACACAUCAGUUGAUGUCACGGAUAUUUGCAAUCUUUCUCCGUGAGAUUCUUGGCUACAGAAAUGUAAAACUAGUUGAUCUUCAUGUUCCAGGGAAAAUUGCAUAUGAUAACUUGCUCACUACUAUGUAUAAUUUAGUUGCACCCUUUGCUACGUGGCAAGUGCCAAUAUUGGAUCUCGAAGUUUGGGUGCCACCUGAUUUUCUGGUCACACGGCCACCUCGAAUAGCUGAUGCAGGCCAGGCAACCAGUCCUGGACGAUUCGGACUCUUUGUACCUGUAAAUUUACUCAAUGACAUUGAUCCAGUCAAUGUACAAAGUAUCAUGCACUACAGUACCUUCAAAAAUACCUCAUCGCAAUAUUAUAAGCAAUUCAGAAUAGAUGGAUUCAUACUGACUCAACUGGAGAAAAAAUUCGGUACCGAACAGAAAUUCAUCGCGAGCGACUGCCAAAGUAUAAACUGUGUCACUUUCCUAUCUGGUCACUAUAUCGACACUGCCUUUAUCGAAAACCACAUUCAAGAAUUGCAUUUAUACGCCAAUGUAUUUUGGUUUGGUGAUAAACUGGACGAAGCUAUAGAUUGGCUUCUCGAGAAUGUCUACCAAAAUCACUCCCGACACUACAGAAAAAGCAUGAAAUUUGCGGUAUUACAUUGGACUCCGUCUGAGAUCAUAAACGCAAAAGUCGAAUACAAAGCUUUAACUAUGCCACGUUGUGAAGAGAUGCAGACAACACAAACUACCCUCUGUAAAUACGAACUAACCCCAUUAUAUAAGUAUUACUCUGUAGCCUUACGCGACGCUAAUAAAGCCCAUUUUGCUCUCGAUAAAUUCUACGUUGAGCAAUAUGAUCUCUAUCGAAUGCUUAGCGAUAUCAAGGAUCUAAGGAUUAACUCUACGGAGUCCAGUGAAGCUGAAAUUUAUGACCGCGUAGCUUGCAGUUGGUUGCAUGACAAUAGGAAAACUUACUCUGAAUGGCUUAUUAAGGAUAAAAUGGAACUGUUGAUUGGGGGAAUAUUUCCUUUCACUGGAACAGGCGACGCUUAUAAGAACCUGGAACCUGCAGCUCAGAAAGCCGUCGAAGCUGUGAAUGCAAAUUCUACUAUUCUGCCCAAUGUUAAACUCAGGAUUCGAAUAAGUGACGGUCAAUGCCGAUCUGAUAUUGUAAUGAAGUAUUUCAUACACUAUUUUAAUUUGCUGACUGAAAACCCGUUUUUGGGAGUACUUGGACCAGCCUGUAGUGAAACAGUGGAACCUAUAGCAGGUAUUUCAAAGCACGUUCGCAUGCCGGUGGUGUCUUAUUCCGCUGAAGGAGCGACCUUUACCGAUCGCGCUAAUUACCCCUACUUCUUUCGAACGAUUGGGUCAAAUCGCCAAUACGAAGCAGUUUAUGUGAAACUAAUGCAACAUCUCAAGUGGAAACGAGUGGCUGCACUAACUGAAGACGGACAAAAAUACACAGAUUACAUACCACAUUUGGAAACACAAUUGAAACAAUUCAACAUGGAAUUGAUUUUGAACAAAAAAUUUCCCAAAGAUAUAUCAACUGCUGAGAUGAGAAGGCAUCUUCUUGAUAUGAAACGAAAAAAUGCAAAAAUUAUCAUUGGUGAUAUUUACAACGAUAUCGCACAGGUGGUAAUGUGUGAAGCAUAUCAUUUGAAGAUGACUUCUAAGGACGGAUACGUUUGGUUUUUGCCUGUUUGGCUAUCGAAAAUUUGGAUAGUCAAUAAUGAACUGAAACUAAUGCAAAACGUGAGCUGCACAGCUGAACAACUUUACACGGCUAUUAAUGGUCAUUUCUCCCUGGCUCACUCAGCUUUUGCUUCAAACGACACUAUCAUGCAGGAAAAUCGCAACGUUAGCCAAUGGUUGGACGAUUUUUCGAAAACAGUGAAUUCAACUGAACUUUCUGACUACACAGGCUUUGCAUAUGAUGCAGUUUGGGUUUAUGCCUUGGCAGCAGACAAACUUCUCAGGGAGGAUCCCAGCGCGACGGAUGAUUUACGAGCGCCGGACGUGGUCAAUAGAUUUGUCGACAUAAUAUGGAAGACGGACUUCAACGGUGUCUCCGGUCGAAUAAGAUUCGGGGAAGGCGGUUCACGCAUUAGUACCAUCAACAUUUUGCAAUGGGCUUACGGCCAGUUUCGUAAAAUUGGCCAAUAUGUUCCACAUGUUGAUGAGAAAGGAUUCAAAAUUAUUGGUGGCAACUUAGAGCUCAAUGAGAGCAAAAUCGUUUGGCUACAGAACCAUGAAAAACCAACCGAUGGAGCGUUUGUUUGCAAAAUGCAAGCUUUGGCGGAUCUUCUCGAUACCGAUUGUGAUAAUGUGACUCUUAUCAUAAUUACUAUUAGCUGCCUUUUAUUUGUGACCAUAGUAUCAAUGGCAUCUUUUAUGUUCUGGAAGCGACAGUACGACAUGAAACUAAAGCAAUCAGCGAAAGUCAUGAAAAACUUUGGAAUCGAUCUUCUAUCUCCAUCGGCCAACAUGACUAACACUCUCGACAAAUGGGAGAUACCCAAAGAGAAGGUAGUUAUAAAUCGACGACUGGGAGAAGGUGCAUUUGGGACAGUAUAUGGAGGUGAAGCGCAGUUUAACGAUGGUGGUUGGACUGCAGUUGCCGUGAAAACACUGAAAUCAGGAGCUUCAACCGAAGACCGAUUAGACUUUUUGUCUGAAGCAGAAGCUAUGAAACGAUUCGAUCACAAGAAUAUCAUUAAACUUCUUGGAGUAUGUCUACAAUCAGAACCCAUUUACACAAUCAUGGAAUUCAUGUUGUAUGGAGAUUUAAAGACGUUUCUAUUAGCUCGUCGCCAUUUAGUUUACGAAAAAACUACUGAAGAUUCGGAUAUAAGUCCUAAAAGAUUAACUAUGAUGGCAUUAGAUGUGGUACGAGGUCUCUCUUAUCUUGCCGAUAUGAAAUAUGUACAUCGCGACAUUGCUUGCAGAAAUUGUUUGGUUAAUGCCCAAAAAGUUGUUAAGCUAGGAGACUUCGGAAUGGCUCGACCAAUGUUUGAAAGUGACUACUAUCGAUUCAACCGUAAAGGAAUGUUACCUGUUCGUUGGAUGGCACCUGAAUCACUUGCAUUAGGCGUGUUUACACCAGCUUCAGAUGUAUGGUCCUUCGGGGUCCUCCUCUACGAAAUUAUAACCUUUGGAUCGUUCCCAUAUCAGGGCCUCACAAAUAAUGAAGUAUUGGACUAUAUUAAAAAUGGGAAAACCAUUCAAAUUCCAGCUGGAAUUAAACCUCAUCUGGAAGGCCUAAUGAAAGCUUGCUGGAGCCAAGAUUAUAAGAAACGGCCAUCUCCUUCUGAAAUAGUCGAAUAUAUCUCGAACUAUCCUCGUCUCCUUACUCCGUGUCUGGAUGUACCAAUAUCAUCAGUCGAAAUGCCAGAAACCGAGAGCGAUCAAAUGGAAUUGCUUCCACGUCUCCGCAAAAGAAUUAAUAGCGGCCAACAAACAUUGGACAUCCUAACACGUUCGGCUGCUAUCAACAACUUCGAUCAACCAACUGCAAACGAUAUUCGGCCUCCUGAAAACUCAAUCUCUGUGAAGAAUCUCAAUGUACCACCAGACUCCAUGUCUACCGAUGACACCAACAUUAACAUCUACAGUCCUAUGGAGCCUCUUUUGCGCAGCAACCCGGAAGUAUCGAGCAGUAAUUUAAGCCUAAAACGUUACGUUCCAAUGUAUGUUAUUGGAAAGAAGGCGAGCAAUAGUCCCAAGAAUAGUCCAAAGAAUAGCCCAAUCGACAUCGAAAAUCCGUGCCAAGACAACACAAUUUUAUAGGAUUAGUAGAAUAAGUUCCAUUAACUAAUUAGUGUAUUUUUUUCCUAUAUGGUCAAUAUUCAAAUAUCUAUGUCAAAAUGUGUGAAGUGUCGUUGAAAUAAGGCUAUAAUCAGUAAGAAAGGUUAUGACCGAUAAUAUCUGUUCUAAACUCGCAAAUCAUUCCGUUUGGCCGCUCAUAAAAGUGAAUGGUACAUGGAGUGAUGCGAUGCUAUCAUCUCUUCCCACUAAGACAUUUGUGUCCGUCCAUAGUGCUACCCAUGCUUCUAUAUCUCUCACGAUUGUUAAGUUUAAUGUUGCAUUUAGAAUAUUACUAAGUCUUUACUUUCACCUUCACUUUCACAAUCGAACUCUAACACCCCUAGCCCCCAAAGUGACUCCUUCUUGCAAGAGGAACUGAACUCUAAUUCAACCCUUCUAUUUAUUCGGCAUAACUCACCCCAGAAAAUAAUACAGAGCACAAUUGCAAUCAUAUCAAACAUCAAAAUCCACAAAGCAACGCCAAUGAACAAUUACUACUAACUUAGCGCUCCCGCAUACAACAUAAUCUCGUUUGCUAUUUAUCUUUUAAUUGAAUUUCGAAUUGAAUUGCGAAUUGAAGUUAUAAUAGCGUAAUAAUUAGCUAACCUAGUGUGUAGUCCCUAUCUGAAUCGAGUAUUGUAUAUGAGCAUCCAUUUGAAAGCAAUCAAAUACGAAGCCAAAAAACAAAAUAUGUAAAAAUUUAACCCGCAGCAGUACCUUUUUAAUCUUUAAAUGUAUGAAUAUGAAGUAAGUCAAUAAAACAAAUCUCUAUAUUACGGAGCAUGGAUGAAAAAAGCGUUUAGUAGAAAAACGAGUGUAAAAAACAUGUUCAAAGGAUUGUUCUCUACAUUUAUGUAUUUGCAGGAAGUUGUUGAAUUCUAUGCAUAUAUCAAAAGACUGGUAUGUUUCCUACUUUUUAAGAUUUCAAUGUUAAUGUUUAUAACAAAACCGAUAUAUUCGCAAAGAUUUUUAUUUAUUUAUGAUAAUUAUAAUAAAUUUAUAUCUAUGUUAUACGCACUUUUAUAACUGUAAGCUCUAAACAAAGAAAAUUAUAAUAUAUUCUGUGAAUGAUCAA